AUGAAUUCUUAUUAUUUAUUAAUAGUAGACUCCAUUCAUUGCAUUAUUCAUUGUUAAAUACCGUACCAAAAGAAGGGAAAAAAAUACCAUGGCUUACCAAGUGAGCUGCCAGCACGUUUUCAUAAAUUAUAGGAUUUAACAAACAUUUUUUUUCACCAAGUGUUACAAGAUAAAGUCAGACAUACACAAAUAUUGCUUAUAAUUAAAAAUUCCUAUGUUGACUUGAGAUGCCCCAAGUUCGUGAGGGUCACGUAGACACUAUGACAUAUUCUAAAGCCUUAAACUAUAUAAAGCUUAUCAUUUUCAACUCCAAUAGGCAUUAAAUUUUGUACAGUUUUUAACGACUCUUGGAACAGUUUACGACAACAGCCAUGGCAGCUCUUCAUUCAUGGUGCUUUAUCUUCUUCUUGGUAAUAGCAGUAGUAGGCAAAGCAACUGCGGCGUAUUAUGUGCCCGUAUUUCGUCCUACCGCAUGGAAACUCGCCUAUGCCACGUUUUAUGGUGACGAAACUGCUGCCGAGACAAUGGGUGGAGCAUGCGGGUAUGGAAAUUUGUUCAACAGUGGUUAUGGUACCGCCACGGCCGCAUUGAGCUCUGUACUAUUCAACAAUGGGUAUGGAUGCGGUCAAUGCUUCCAGAUAAGGUGUGCUAAGUCGCAGUGGUGCUAUAGAGGCUCACCAAGCACCACCAUCACCGCCACAAACCUCUGCCCUCCCAACUGGGCUAAGGACUCGAAUAACGGUGGCUGGUGCAACCCGCCUCGGACACAUUUCGACAUGUCUAAGCCCGCAUUCAUGAAAAUUGCACAGUGGAAGGCCGGUAUUGUACCUAUCGUGUUCCGCAGAGUGCCAUGUGUUAGGAAAGGCGGCCUUCGAUUCACCUUCCAAGGAAACGGCUACUGGCUGCUCGUGUAUGUGAUGAACGUCGCCGGAGGUGGCGAUAUCACCCAAAUGUGGGUUAAGGGAAGCAAGACAGGGUGGAUAAGCAUGAGCCACAACUGGGGGGCUUCAUAUCAAGCAUUUGCAACUCUUGGAGGCCAAGCCCUUUCUUUCAAGAUAACUUCAUACACAUCCCAUGAAACUAUUAUUGCAUGGAAUGUUGCCCCCUCAAAUUGGCAAGUGGGAUUGACUUAUAGUAGUAAUGUCAACUUCCAUUGAGAUAUAUGCAUGUAAUGCACGAAUAUAAUUUCCUUUCUUUUUC